CUAGUCAACUGACUAGCGCAACUGCAACAACAACAACAACAACAAUCACCACAAGGGGAUUUUUUUGUCUUAUUACCUCAUCUACAACCCUACUGACAAAAACAUUACACAGUUUCAGCUGUGUGGCACCUGUAACCAAACUGGUCUCUAGCAGGUAAAGCUCCUGGUGACAGCAUGACUGAGAAGUGGGUCUAACAUCUGACUAACUCCAGACACCACAUACAGAAAGAGAGCAGGUGCAUCUUGCGUGAAACCAAUCAGAAAGUUCCUACCCGGUGAAAAUGGAGUCUGCUUUCUCACAGAUGAGGUGGGAACCUGAUGAAGAGGCUGAAGAGACCUCCUUGAGAGGUCUGGGAUUGCGUCGCAAACGGGAGUUCAUCCCCGAGGAAAAGAAAGAUGCGACUUACUGGGAGAAACGGCGCAAGAACAACGAAGCGGCGAAGCGCUCGCGAGAGAAGCGAAGGGUCAAUGACUACGUAUUGGAGACUCGUUUGGUUUCAUUAAGCGAGGAAAAUGCCCGUCUACGAGCUGAGCUGUUGACUCUAAAGCUUCGGUAUGGUUUGCUCAACUCUGGAGCCCCCUUCUCUUCAUCUCAAAGGGCUCUAUCUCAGCUUCACUCUUUGGCCCCACAACCCCUGGUUUCUUGCCCAGACAAAGAUCUCUACUGGGGUAGAAGGCAAGAGAGAGAGGCUUCCAAUCUUUUGGGGAACCAACAAGCACCCGUCUGUCUGGGUACCCACCCUGGGUCGGCAUUCCUUCCCACGCAGCCUAUGGCCAUGAGAAGAAAUCAACCGUACUUCCUAGACUUCCCCACCCUCCAUUCUCAUACAGCCGCACCUUUACUCUUUUCACCACACCUCACCCCAGCAACAGCACCUUGGGCAGGACGGCCCCUGCUCCAGCCAGGGAGUCAGAGGAUCUUGUCGGACGACGAGGGGGAGCAGCAAGUGCCGGCGGAUUCCAGCACUGCCCUGCCCCAUAAACUAAGACUGAAGUCGCAAAACUCACAGCGCAAAGACAAUGGAACUAAAUCUACAUCUCCUAUUCCUGCAUACAUUUCAGAUUGAAAUCAAACUGUCUAAAAUGACUCAGCAGAUAUGAGUCAUCCUUAAUUACCACAUUUGUGGUAUUUAAACUUGGCUAUUUUCCAGGAAGUUUGUUGUAAACCAUUUGAUAUAAGAAAUAUUUCUUUGAUCAAAAGGUCAGACAUACAGAUAAAGUUUCCGAAAUUCAUUUUGAAGAGUCAGUAUUUCCAGUACUGAGGUGGAAAGAGGCCAACUUGAACUGGGAUAAUGACUCACGUUUUUUAGUACUUGAAAUGUUCCACCUCUUUUUUACCUUUAGCAUAGACAGGAAAGUAGAGAUGAAAGAAGGAGAAUAGGAUCAGGACUUGACCCAGGUCAGACUCAAACCGGAGUCAUUUUGAGCCUACAGCUUUGAUGUCACGUUGGCAUUUUCGCAUUUGACAGAUGCUUUAAGCGAGUUACGUUGCAUUCAAAAUAUGAAUUUUAUCAUUUUAUGCAUUCCAUAUUACAACAGAAAUGUUGUAAUGUUCAUGUUGGGGUGGGGGUGGGGUUGGAUCUCAAAGAGGUUGGAUCUGAUGCUGAUAGCAUCCAUUUGCAAUUUCUUUGGGAACAUCGAUAUAUGUUUCUGAGUGGCCUAAAGUAUUUGGUUAACCACCAAUCAGAUGCAUGUAAAUUUUAGGGAAACCCACCACACCUCAAACAGUCUGAAAGGGGGAGCUAAGAGGAUCUUUCUGGAAUCCUUUAAUUGUUCUGGUGAAGGCUGCAUGUUUGUUUUGUUUUUUAUUUCACUUUUCAUUUUGUUGUGCCGCUGGCUGUGUCAUGUGACAUCUCAGUCAUGAGACUUUUUUUGAUAUGGCUCCUGUUUUUGGAAAGGUGUUCAUGCACAAACUAUGGUCAUCUGUGACAUCCAAAACAGUUGCUUGCUUGCUACACAAAGUUGUCAUCACACAGUAUGUGGCCUGUAAUUUUUGUCAUCAUACCUUUUAACAUGUUUUGAGUUCUUGUUUUAGUUUAAACUGCAUAUGAACCAGUGCUACACAUGAACAUACAGUGCCUUUGCACAAUAUACCUGCUGUAAACUAGCCUUAAUUCAAUUUCAUGUAAUUUUUCAAUACACAAUACAUUAUGUAUAAUUUUGAAAGACUUGGAAUUAUAAAGCGCUGAUCUUUGAUGAUGCCGUAACUCUUUUGUUUGAUUUAUAACGUAUAAUUUUAGACUAAUGCAUGAUCAUUGUUAUCUUUUAGAGACAAAUUCCUCAAACAUAGACUGACUGACCAACAAAACCAACUUCCAAAUCUCAGGCAUUUUGUUUCUGUUGAUGUUAAAACAUGCACAGGGGCUGCUAAGAGCCUUUUUGAUAGCCUUGCAACACAUUUGAACUUGCUUAUAAAAUCUUAUCAGUCUUCUUUUUUCUUUUCAGCCGCUUUAUUCAAAUGACAUGCUAAGUUCCUGGUAAGCGCUUGAAGACCGAUCUUCAUUUUAUAAAAUAAUUUACAAACUUUGUUUUGUCUAUAAUGUAUUCUUUUUAUUUUUUGGUACAUUCUUGAAUGACAAAAUGGCUAAUGCAGUUAGCAUCGGCAUGCUAACUGCAUUAGCCAUGUUAGCAACAACAGUGGCUGACAAACCAUGGAAGGAGGAUAUCUAAAACCAUGUGUCACUGACUGACCAGCUCAUUUUCAUUUAGAAAUACAGUUUAUGAAUGUAAAUCACUUUUGCUUAUAUGCUAUUUUAGGUUUACAACUCAAUAAUGAAAUAUUGAAUAUAGAAAGACAUACAGUCAAAAUAAUGAUUAGUCUAGUUCAAAAAUGGAUUACCUUAAGUCUUC